AUUCGAAAAUUCGCAAACCUACUUGCAAUUGUGAAGCAUGUUUACGUAAAGAAAAUUAUCUGAAAAACCGAAAAACGAGUCUAUCCGAUCGUAUCAACAAAAAGGCUAUAUUUGCUGCAGUCGGAUGGGUAUGCUUUGCUUAUUUAAUUUACCAGAUUACAACCGUCAAAUUUGAAAUUGAUGUAUGGGAUCCAUAUGAAGUAUUGGGCAUUUCUGAGGGUACGCCACUUCCACAAAUUAAAAAACAUUUCAAAGAGCUCAGUAGGAAAUGGCAUCCUGACAAGGCCCCAGCAGAUAAGAAAACUGAAUAUGAAAGUAAAUUCAUUGACUUUACUAAAGCCUAUAAAGUAUUGACGGAUGAAGAUAUACGUAAAAAUUAUGAGGAAUGGGGUCAUCCCGAUGGUAAACAAGCUUAUUCUUUGGGUAUUGCCCUACCGACAUGGUUGAUCGAAGCCAAAAAUAGUCCAUUUGUACUCGGUAUUUAUGCUCUGGCGUUUGGAAUAGGCCUUCCCUUCUUUGUAGGUCGAUGGUGGUAUAGUUCUAAUUCUUAUACCAAGGAUAAGAUUAGAACUCAUACAAUGGACUUGUAUUUCAAAGAAUUGAGAAAUAAUUCCACGAUAAGGCAGAUAUUAGAUUUGCUUUCUGCUUCAGUGGAAUAUAAGGAAUUGAUAGAACAUAGAGUAUCAGAUGAGACAUUGUUACCACAAGUAAUAUCAUCAGUGAAAGAAGAAUUAGACAAAAGAUUUAGUGAAAAAUAUCAGAUGAGCAAAAGAUACACUGCACCAUAUUGUCAAAAAGCAAAUGCAUUACUUCAUGCUCAUUUAUUGAGAGUCAAUUUUGCUGAUGAAGAUUUGUUGAAAGAGCGUUCUAUACAUCUUAUCAACGGUAUACUUGAUAUUGCAUUAGCACAUCGUUGGCUUCAAACAAGCUUACGUUGCAUGGAGCUUUCACAACUUUUAGUUCAAGCAAUGUGGUUCCAAGAGAAUAUGCUUGUUCAAUUACCUUACAUUAAUCAGGAUAAGAAAGAAAGAUCAUUAUCUCCCUCUGAAUACGACUCCUUUAUGCAAGUCGCUAAAUUAUAUCCACUUGUACAAAUAGAUCGUGCAUAUUUCAAAGUUGUUGGAGAUAAGAUUAUAACACCUGGAUCCAUCGUCACAUUAGUUAUUAAGCUUAGAGUAGUGAAUUCAAAAUCAAAAGUCGAGGAAGUUAAAAUGAAUGGAGUUAACAAAAAACCAUAUUGGUGGAUAUUUAUGGCAGAUGAUAAAAAAGAUAAAAUUAUUAUUGAACCAGUGAAGGUCACAGAUAUUGUUACAACUAAGACAAUUAAACGUCAAUUACAAGCACCACAAGAACCAGGUUUAUAUUCUUUUGUUGCAUAUAUUAAGAGUGAUUCAUAUGUUGGUGCUGAUAUAAGAAAAGAUUUAAGGCUUGACGUUAAAAAAUUAUCAGAACUUCCUCCAGAAGAGGAGAUUGAUGAUGAUAUUUCAGAACCAGAGGAAGAUUCUAUUGCAGGACAAAUGAAAUUAAUGAGGGAACAAGGAUUUGCAGCUGCAUAA